CGUCUUCCGCUUCGCUUCUCGCUCCCUUCGAGCUUCGUUCCAUCGCCGGCGAUUCAGAUCUCCACCGGAGGCCACGAGGAAUUUCGUGCACAAGCCGUACGAUCGCCGGAUCUCGCUAUUUUACUGCCUGGUUACGUUAUCCUCCGUUCCGACCCCCUUGUUCGAACACAGAUCUAGGGUUUUUGAGGGAAUUACCUGUCGAAGUAGGUCUCAGUGCGAAGAUGGAGAAGUCGUGUUCGAUGCUGAUCCACUUCGACAAGGGAUCUCCGGCUAUGGCGAACGAGAUCAAGGAGGCUCUCGAGGGCAACGACGUGGAGGCCAAGAUCGACGCCCUCAAGAAGGCUAUCAUGCUACUGCUCAACGGUGAAUCCCUUCCCCAGCUAUUCAUCACCAUCGUCCGCUAUGUCCUACCCUCCGAGGACCACACCGUGCAGAAACUGUUGCUCCUCUACUUGGAGAUUAUCGACAAGACGGACGCCCGUGGCCGCGUGCUUCCGGAGAUGAUCCUCAUCUGUCAGAAUCUCCGCAACAAUCUGCAGCACCCGAACGAAUACAUCCGCGGCGUCACGCUCCGUUUCCUCUGCCGCCUGUCUGAGCCUGAGAUCCUGGAGCCGCUCAUCCCCUCUGUCCUUACCAACCUCGAGCAUCGCCACCCCUUCAUCCGCCGGCAUGCCAUCCUCGCCAUCGCUGCCAUCUACCGCCUACCGACUGGGGAGCAACUGCUCCCCGAUGCACCUGUACUGGUCGAGAAGGUCCUGUCGUCCGAGCAGGACCUCUCUGCCCGACGAAAUGCUUUCCUUAUGCUUGCCUCGUGUGCCCAGCUUCCAGCGGUUGCUUACCUCUUGUCCCAAGCUGACCACGUGGCCAACUGGGGUGACCUCCUCCAGAUGGCUGCUCUGGAUCUCAUCCGCAAGGUCUGCCGUUCUAACUCAGGAGAGAAGGGUAAGUACAUUAAGAUCAUCAUCUCCCUCCUCAGUUGCCCCUCUGAAGCAGUAGUCUACGAGUGUGCCUGCACCCUUGUAUCCUUGUCAUCGGCCCCCACAGCUAUCCGUGCUGCUGCCAAUACCUACUGCCAGCUCCUCCAAUCGCAGAGUGACAACAAUGUGAAACUCAUUGUGCUUGAGCGUCUCAACGAGCUCAAGACGUCACACAAGGAAAUCAUGGUGGAGAUGAUUAUGGAUGUGCUCCGUGCACUGUCAAGUCCAAAUCUUGAUAUCAAGCGCAAGACUUUGGACAUUGCUCUCGAGCUGAUCACCUCAAGGAACAUCGACGAGGUGGUUCUCACGCUCAAGAAAGAGGUUGUCAAGACUCAGAGCACUGAACUCGAGAAGAAUGGGGAGUACCGACAGAUGCUAGUGCAGGCCAUCCAUUCGUGCGCAAUCAAGUUCCCUCAGGUUGCUAGUACAGUCGUUCAUUUGUUGAUGGAUUUCCUUGGUGAUUCUAAUGUGGCUUCUGCUAUCGAUGUCGUCCUCUUUGUGAGAGAAAUAAUUGAGACAAAUCCUAAGCUCAGGGUUUCAGUAAUCACUAGGUUGCUUGACACGUUUUAUCAGAUUCGUGCUGCAAGGGUCUGCUCGUGUGCUCUUUGGAUCAUUGGUGAGUACUGUCUUUCACUGUCUGAGGUGGAGAGUGGAAUUGUGACAAUUAAGCAGUGCCUUGGAGACAUUCCCUUCUACACUGCCACUGAGGAAGGGGAGACGGCUGAUGCUUCAAAGAAACUGCAGCAGGUUUCUUCUGUUACUGUCUCUUCUAAGCGGCCUGUAGUGCUUGCAGAUGGCACAUAUGCAACACAAAGUGCUGCCUCUGAAACUGCUUUCUCUGCUCCAACAGUUCUUCCUGGAUCUUUGGCUUCUCCUGGAAAUCUUAGGGCGUUGAUCCUGUCUGGCGACUUUUUUGUAGGAGCAGUUGUUGCUUCUACUUUGACGAAGCUGGUUUUGAGAUUGGAGGAGGUCCAACCAUCAAAGACUGAAGCAAAUAGAGCAUGCACCGAUGCAUUGCUAAUCAUGACUUCUAUGUUGCAGUUAGGAAAAUCAUCAUUUCUUCCACACCCAAUUGAUAAUGAUUCUUAUGACAGGAUUGUGUUGUGCAUAAGAUUGCUCUGCAACACUGGUGAUGAUGUGAGAAAAAUAUGGUUGCAGUCAUGUCGCCAGAGUUUUGCAGCAAUGCUUGCAGAGAAGCAAUUUCGAGAAAUUGAGGAGAUUAAAGCUAAGGCCCAAAUUUCCUAUGCCCAGCCUGAUGAUCUUAUUGAUUUCUAUCAUUUGAAGAGUCGCAAGGGCAUGAGUCAGCUCGAGUUAGAAGACGAGGUUCAAGAUGACUUAAAACGUGCAACUGGAGAAUUUAUGAAAGAUGGAGAUGAUGCAAAUAAGUUGAACAGAAUCCUUCAACUCACUGGUUUUAGUGAUCCUGUCUAUGCUGAGGCUUAUGUGACGGUUCAUCAUUAUGAUAUUGUCCUUGAUGUCACUGUGAUUAAUCGAACAAAGGAAACCCUUCAGAACCUGUGUUUGGAAUUAGCAACUAUGGGGGACCUCAAGCUUGUAGACCGGCCUCAAAAUUAUACUCUAGCUCCAGAGUCAAGCAAGCAAAUCAGAGCUAAUAUAAAAGUCUCUUCUACGGAAACAGGAGUAAUAUUUGGCAAUAUUGUAUACGAGACUUCAAAUGUGCACGAGCGAACUGUUGUGGUCCUCAAUGACAUCCACAUUGAUAUCAUGGACUACAUAUCUCCUGCUACCUGUGCUGAUGUGACAUUCAAGAAUAUGUGGGCAGAAUUUGAGUGGGAAAACAAGGUUGCAGUGAACACAAUAUUACAAGAUGAAAAGGAGUUUUUGAAUCACAUUAUCAAGUCAACCAACAUGAAGUGCCUCACACCACCAUCUGCUCUAGACGGGGAGUGUGGGUUCCUUGCCGCAAACCUGUACGCAAAGAGUGUUUUUGGAGAGGAUGCUUUGGUCAACAUAAGCCUUGAGAAGCAGGCUGACGGGAAGCUGAGUGGUUACAUCAGGAUCCGAAGCAAGACACAAGGCAUUGCCCUCAGUCUGGGAGAUAAAAUCACCCUCAAACAGAAGGGCGGCAGUAACUAAUGGGCGCACCAAGUCCUCUCAUGUUUGAUCUCAUUUCUAGGGGUACUUGUGUGGCUAUGUUGGUUUUACGAGCGGUUUUCCUGUUCCUUACAAUGUUCCUUGUCAGUGGUAGUAUCAGCAGGAGCAACAAUCUCUCUUGGCACUGCUUGUAGUGAAAAUGUAUACACAGAUUUGUUAUUAUGCUUGAUCCAUCGAAAGCCCCUAGAUCGACUAUUUAAUAAAACAUUGCAAUUGUAAGUUUGUCAUUA